AUGAGCGCUCGCACCGAGCCGGGCCUGCCCAGCAAGCCCAACCUUCGCGUCACGAUAAUCGCCGCUGAUGGCCUGUACAAGAGAGACGUGUUUAGAUUUCCCGACCCUUUCGCCGUCGCGACCAUCAAUGGCGAGCAGACAAAGACCACUGCCGUCAGCAAACGAACCCUGAACCCAUAUUGGAACGAAAGCUUCGACUUUCGAGCAAAUGAAGGCAGUAUCCUCGCAGUACAAGUCUUUGACCAGAAAAAGUUCAAGAAGAAGGACCAAGGCUUCCUAGGCGUAAUCAAUAUUCGGGUGGGAGAUGUUAUGGACCUUGGCCCCGAGUCCGAUGACCAGAUGCUCACGAGGGACCUCAAAAAGUCGACCGACAACAUCGUUGUUCAUGGAAAACUCAUCAUCAACCUGUCAUGUAACCUUGCUACUCCUGCGCGAGGCGGGCAGGCCUCUAGCAGCCGACCUGCCCUGACCGUUGCAGGUCCUUCCAGCUCGCCCGCUCUGUCGGCAUUUUCAACAUUGUCCGCGCCUGACGGCGGACCGAGCUCGUCAGUGUCGAACCAGAACGGCGGUUUCUCGGUUCCCCAGGUUACGUUGCUUCAUCACCCUCAUCCCGCCAGCUCAAGCUCCACGCCUGCCCCCACCGGCGGCGCUACCGGCUCGACUUCGUCGCGGCCAAACAGCCAGUUGAGCCCCUUUGAGGAUAACCAAGGUAGACUCCCACCUGGCUGGGAGCGUCGUGAGGACAAUCUGGGACGAACGUAUUAUGUGGACCACAACACCAGAACCACAAGCUGGAAUCGCCCGACGGCAAACGGGGGCAGCACAGAAGCUCGGAACGAUCGGGAGGCUGCGACUCAGGUUGAGCGACAGCGACAUCAAAAUCGUACACUUCCCGAGGACAGAACGGGCACGAGUUCGCCCACUCUGCAACAGCAGCAGCAACAUCAGCAACAACCACCGCCUUCGUCACAAGCAAGCGGUAGCCCGACGAGUGCCAGUAGCAGCGCCCACGUCAACGCAAACGCAACGGUGAUGCACACGGGAGCCACGAGCCCCGGCACCGGCGAGCUUCCCUCGGGCUGGGAGCAAAGGUGGACUCCAGAGGGGCGACCCUACUUUGUCGAUCACAACACCAGAACUACAACAUGGGUCGAUCCUCGUCGCCAACAAUACAUUAGGAUGUACGGUGGCCAGAACAACUCGAAUGGCCAGAUCCAGCAGCAACCAGUGUCCCAGCUCGGCCCACUCCCCAGCGGCUGGGAGAUGCGGCUGACGCACACGGCCCGUGUGUAUUUUGUCGACCACAACACCAAAACGACGACUUGGGACGACCCUCGCUUGCCAUCCUCGCUGGACCAAAACGUUCCUCAGUACAAGCGAGACUUUCGACGCAAGCUCAUAUACUUCCGAUCCCAGCCAGCAAUGCGUAUCCUCAGCGGUCAAUGCCACAUCAAAGUACGGCGCGAGCACAUUUUCGAGGACUCGUUUGCCGAAAUUACCCGUCAGUCUGCCACCGACUUGAAGAAGCGACUCAUGAUCAAGUUUGAUGGAGAGGACGGGUUGGAUUAUGGCGGCCUGUCUCGGGAGUUCUUCUUCCUCUUGUCGCACGAGAUGUUUAACCCUUUCUACUGUCUCUUCGAGUACUCUGCGCACGACAACUACACCCUCCAGAUCAACCCCCACUCGGGCAUCAACCCGGAGCACUUGAACUACUUUAAAUUCAUCGGACGAGUUGUCGGUCUGGCCAUCUUCCAUCGACGGUUCUUGGAUGCUUUCUUCAUCGGAGCCUUGUACAAGAUGGUUUUGGGAAAGGCGGUUGCCCUUGCCGACAUGGAGGGCGUUGAUGCCGAUUUCCACCGAUCUCUGCAGUGGAUGCUGGACAACGACAUCUCUGGCGGCAUCCUGGAGCAGACGUUUAGCACUGAAGACGAGCGAUUCGGAGUCAUGACGACGGAAGAUCUCAUACCCAACGGUCGCAACAUCGAGGUCACCAACGAGAACAAGAAGGAGUAUGUCGAUCUCAUGGUGAAGUGGCGCAUCGAGAAACGCAUCGCGGAGCAGUUUCAGGCUUUCAAGGAGGGCUUUCACGAGCUGAUUCCCCAAGACCUCAUCAACGUGUUUGACGAGCGAGAGCUGGAGCUGCUCAUCGGAGGCAUCGCCGAGAUUGACGUGGACGAUUGGAAGAAACACACGGAUUACAGAGGCUACACCGAGUCGGAUGAGGUCAUCCAGAACUUUUGGCAGACUGUUCGCUCAUGGGACGGCGAGCAAAAGUCGAGACUAUUGCAGUUUACGACGGGAACGUCUCGGAUCCCGGUCAACGGGUUCAAGGACCUACAGGGCAGCGACGGCCCAAGACGCUUUACGAUUGAGAAGACCGGCGAGCUCACCAACCUGCCCAAGGCACACACCUGCUUCAAUCGUAUCGAUUUGCCCCCGUACAAGACUUUGGAAACGCUGCAGCAGAAGCUCACAAUAGCCGUGGAAGAGACAAUGGGCUUUGGCCAAGAGUAG